AGCACGCACAGAGAGAGGUCACUGACAGCCACUGAGAGCCCCUUCAGCAUCAUGGACAAAGAUCACAUCCUGUGUACCGACACCUCUUCGUCGUCCAGGUUCAGCCGCAAGUUCAUCAUCAUCUCCGCGACGCUGCUGCUGCUGAUCGUAGUGGUGGUGGUGGUGGCCGUGCUCCUGGGAGUCUUCAUUGGGGGAAAGAACGCAACGGAGCUCUACCAGUUGUCCAUGAAGAAUGAUGACGGCAAAGUUGAGCAACAGACGGUGCAGGUGAAUCCCAAGGAGAACAUCGCCACCUUCUACGUCCAGAGUGCCAACCUCUCCUCCACCGUGCUCCUCGACUUCAACACGAUGCUGAUGGUGCUGAGAACAAACAACCUUGACAGCUGCUACGUUCGGAAAAUGGAGGGCGGAAACUUCACGUCGCUGUCAGAUCUCAGCAACAGCCUCAAGAACCUCAACGGUAAGCCGGCGCAGGAGAGCGACAACUCAAGCUCCACAUCGUUCAUCCCUGGUCCCGAGAUCUUCGACCGAUCCCUGUUCAGCCGCAGCGCCAGCCUCCUCUGCCAGGACGUGAGAUCGUUCUGGCUCGUCCAGGGUGACCCCAACACCCGGCGACUAUGCCUGAUCUGGAGGUUCUUAAAAAGAAUUUGUAUCUUUCGUCGGUGUGUUUAUAUCUCGGUGUGCAUUUCAUGGUAACGAUAGCAUUUUUGAGAGGCCCUUGUUGGUAAGGCCCUGUGUUAGGUUAAUCAAUAUGGGUGGAACGAGUAAUCGGGUUAUGGUGAUUUAUAAUCGUAAACUACACGCGGGGUUUGUGCGUUUCUGCUCUCUGUUGUCACGUCACACUCUUCCAAAAAUCACCCUUCCGAAACCCACCGGUUGGAAACUGUCAGGAGGCCUCAAGUAAAAACAUAUAUAACGUUAAACAUUCAAUCUUCCCACCGCCACAAACCAAUUUUCGCCUGCCCAAAACUGAAAAUGUUCCCUUUCGGAUGGUUCUAUUCUAGUUACAACUACAGUACAUGUAGCCGGUCUGCUGUAUCCCCUCUUGAAUCCUUUCGAGGGGGUGGGGGGGUGUGAAACGGCAAAAAGUCUUCUUCAGAAGGGCAAUGGCGUAUCUGCAAUAGCGAUCGGAGGGACACCCUCCUACGUCACAACAACACCGCAGCCGAAUCCCUCUGUUGAUGGGAUUGAGCGUCAGUGUUAAUGUUUUAGACCCAAAUAUUAUAUAUAUAUUUAAACCAAAUUUAAUAUCAAAGUCUUCAUUGUGCAUAUAUUCAUUAACCACCAACAACUCAAUCGACAGCCAAUUAACAUUAGCGACUCCCUGUCCGUCGAUUGACAAUCAAGUAAUAUCAAUUUGAGUUACAUGCAACUUACCGGUCCAGAAGUUAGCCCAAAUCUAAAUUGGGCCUGGGGUCAAAUUCCUGAUCACCACUGAUCACCACUGCCUUCUCUUAUCAUCAUCGUAAAGAAACGCACCUGGCUACCAGUAGCUGUGAAAAAUGGUUUGUUAGGUUCCUAUAUGUUACAAAGUGCACAAGUAUUCACGCAAUUCAUUACAGGUAAGCCUACACCGGCCGAAUCACGGGGAAUGCUCCCCAAUUUCAUCAGAUCGCAGAAGACGCACGCGGUGAUUGAGCAUGAAGGGGGUUUGUUAAAUCUAUUGUACGGGUAAAUAAACAACAACACAGCGCAAACGACAUCCUCCGCUUCUUGACAAACCAAACGCAUUCAGCACGGAGCGAAUUACCUUUAGGUCGGCGAUCACAACACCCCAGUAAACAACAGCAACAACGAUAAUCAAGGAUUUUCGUUCGGGGUUAAAUCGCGUAAAUGUAAACGUGUGUCGUUCACUCACCACCACCCGACACAGCCAAUUAGUGAGGUUUGUCACGGAAACAAAAACGCGCCAAUUAGUUGAGGGCUUCAGCACACCGGUUGUUUGUCGGAGAGUAAACCCCGCACCCUUUACAAUUUGAGUGUUGCGACGUUUCGCUCGUGAUUACAACAACAACAUUCAGCCUCACCAGGCGAUUUGCCACAAACGUGUAAACCACAGCAAGGGGCGCCAGCAAUGGCCGCUACAGAGAAACAGCAGGCGUCCUUCACAUUGUACGAAUACACUUUUGAUUUAUUUUUUAAAUACGCUUCGCUAUUAUCUUUGUUCGUCGCAUGCCCGAGUGUCGGUUCAAAAAAUAAAAUGUUACUUCACCAAA